AUGAUACCAGCUGCAGAGAACCCGUUGCCAGAUCUACCGAGAAAUCCCGAUGGGUCUUUUCUCCCUCCAGGGGCUCUACUUAUCAGCGCCUCGCGAAUUCCGGACGCUGGCUUGGGACUGUUCGCAGGAGAAGGCAUAAGGGCAGGAACGUGGAUAUGCGAAUACAUCGGCGAAAAGAAGAGCCUGAUGGAAAUCAUGCACAUGAAAGACAGACAAUACGUGAUGGGUACAGGGCAUAUAAACUGCCAUAUAGACGCCACCAACCACCUAAAGGCAAGCGUUCCACGAGGCUUUGGCUUCUGUGGUGUCGACGGAGCUGACCUCUUCGGGGUGGAAGCCUUGGAUCUAUUGGCAGACUUUGUGGGUGAGUCGGAAUCAUCAGAGUCCGCCAGCACUCUCCGUCGCUUCGGUUUCGGGGGGGUUCUCGUGAUUGCUGACUCCGGAUCAGAGUCUUUAGAUUGUUCUGCAGAAUCACCAGUUGCGGUUCUUGGCGCUGCAGACCCUGUCCUGCAUGCAUGCAAACCACGCCUCAUGUAUAGCUCGUAUAUUAGCCUGUAG